AUGCCAGAAUUCCACAUCAUCAAUUCGAACGACGCCGUUCCAGGCACUGAAGCCCCACCCCCAGAAUUCAGCUUGACAGCUCACCCUGCCACAGAUAUCUGGUCCAAACCCCCCUCUACCAACGCCUUCAACGCCCCAAUACUUUACCAAUCUGUUCCCCUGCAGUCUUUCAAGCGUGCACGUGUCGCAGUCAACGCACAGUGGACACAAAAAUACGACCAGGGUGGCCUUGUCAUUAUCCUGAAUAAGGCUGACGGAUCCCAGAAGUGGGUGAAGACAGGCAUCGAGCUUACACACAACAAGCCACACGUGAGUGUCGUUGCGAAGGAUCACUGGGCGGAUUGGAGCUUGCUCCCUGUUCCCUCUGGUGGCAGAUCGGCCACGCUGGAGCUAGUUAGGGAGUUGGAUAAUAGUUUGUGGAUCUACCUUGUGGAGGGGGUUCUGAAGCAGCCUAUCCGUGAGGUCACUUGGAUCUUUGAGGAGGAGAAUGUAAAGGAGACUUGGGUUGGCGUUUACGCGGCGCGGCCGUCGACGGAGGGUGGGGAUUUGAUGGUCAAUUUUGGGCAUUUGGUUAUUGAUGUUCUUGACAAGAAAUAG